AUGACGAUACCAUCUCUAAAAUUCUUGGGGAGAAAGAUGUAUGAUGAGGAUCGAUGUAUCAAAUUUUUGUUUAAGAAAGGAAUUAUAUUGAAACCUCAUGAAUGUUCGCUGUGCAAUUCUUCAAUGAAAUAUUAUAGAAAAUUUUUUGUAUGUGAUAAUCAACAAUGUCGAAAGUGGACUUCUAUUUUUAGGAAUACAUUCUUCACGAGAAGUCGUCUUCAGUGCUCAGAUGUAAUGCUUAUUGGAUAUUAUUGGUUGUGUGGUGCAACGUAUACAGUAAUCUUGAAUGUGACAGGAUAUGCUUCUCUCACUAUUUCAAAUUACAUGAGAUAUUUUCGCGACUUGGUAAUUGAAACAUUGAAUGAUGAUGAUUUGAUGAUCGGUGGAGAUGGAAUUGUCGUGGAGAUAGAUGAAUCAAAAUUUUGUAAAGGAAAAGAUACUGAUGGAAUUUGGGUGGUUGGUGGUGUUGAGCGAACAGAGAAACGAAAAUGUUUCUUUGUGGUGGUUGAUCGGAGGGAUGCAGAAACAAUUAGAAGUAUUGUGUCAAAACACAUUAAACCAGGUUCCAUAGUCGCAACUGAUUGUUGGCGAGGUUAUCAAAAUCUUGAAGAUUUUGAUAUAAUACAUGAGAAGGUAAAUCGAUCGAUAUCAUUUGUAAAUAUGAAUGGGACACAUACAAAUACGAUUGAGGGAACUUGGCGGGGAUUGAAGAUACGAAUUCAACCUCGACAUAGAGGUGCUGAAUCAAUUGAGAAAUAUUUGUUAGAAUUUAUUUGGCGACGAAAGCAUGAGAAUGAUUUGUGGCAAGGGUUACUUGAUGCCUUGCGCCAACGGCCGGGUGGAUCUGGUGGCAUUAGCCCAGAUCCAAGUCACUUUUUGGGAGAUUUGGUGGCAGAGCCAGCCAAAUCGAUUCAGUAUUACCAU